CUUAUAUAUGCGCAUGGCGGUGACUCAAGUUCGGCCUUUCCAAACACGGUGGGUACAUUGUUAUGAUCGAUCAUUCAACCAGGGUAAGGACCAACUUACUGAGGAUGAGAGAUGCUCGUGUUGUUGGCGUGUACCAUCCCUUGAUUGAUGGAAAGCUUGUGAGAAUUCUUCAUGGAUACCACCUGCCGUGCCCAUUCUCUCUUUCUCUCACUUCAUAGAAAAGGAGAGAAUAAAAGAAAGGAAAAGGAAAGGAAGGAAUUGGUGGAAGUUCCGACAUGGCAAAUUUUGGGUUGCUCAUCUUCUGGUUCAACAAGAAUCUCGUCAAGCCUCUCCUCUAAAUCCGACGCAGUUUUUGACAGGGCUGCCGAGCCUAAGCUAUUAGCCGUCUCUGCAGCUGUUGGCUUUACCAUUGGAUGUUUCCAAUCUGUGGUAAGCUAUUGGCAUUCAUUUCAUUCUCCAUUGUUGAUUGGACUAGAGCAAAAGACCACUACUUGCAGGCUGUUUGUUACUAGUUGA